AUGGCAACAUUAAAAUUUAAUAUUUUACGUUUACGUUCAUUAAUAAAUUACAUUUUUUCAGAUUCCACCAAAUUUAUAAGAAGUAGCGUAAAUAAAAAAAUUCCAAUAAACCUUUUUUAUAAUGAUUUAACUUUGUAUAAUGGUGAAAUAUAUCUCUACAAGAGCUUUUCUCUAAAUGCUUUUCCUCCAAAACUUGCAAAAACUGUACCGAUAUUAAAUUCAACUUUCUUACUAAAUCAAAAGCGGUCUUUUCACGCAACAGCUAUUUCUAGACAACAUAAGGAUUUUUAUGAACUCUUGGAUAUAGAUAAGAAAGCUUCUCAAGCCGAGAUCAAAAAGGCAUAUUAUGGUCUCGCGAAAAAGUAUCACCCGGAUACAAAUAAAGAUCCUAAGGCAAAAGAAAAAUUUGUACAAAUUCAGGAAGCGUAUGAUAUAUUAAGCGAUGAAGAAAAGCGAGCACAAUACGAUCAAUUUGGAUCAUCAUUUGCAGAUGGUGGACCAACUGGAGCAGGUGGAUUCCCUAGCGGAGCGGACUUUGAGGGUUUUGGUGCGUUUGGUUUCAAUAACAGCAAUGAUCUUUUCAGUCAAUUCUUUAGAGGAACAAAAGGAUUUGGCCCAGGAGGAAGACAACCUGCUGGGUUUGGACAACCAUUCGUAACCGGAUCGGAUAUAGAAAUAGGGUUAGGUUUAUCAUUUAUGGAAGCAGUAAAGGGAGUAACGAAAAGUGUUAUGGUAGAAUCGAUUGCAAAAUGUAAAUCAUGCAAAGGAUUGGGAACUAAAGGAGGAAAAAAACCGGAUAAAUGUAAAGCAUGCAAAGGUACGGGAGUAGUAUUCAUGCAAGUGGCUUCCGGAUUUCACAUGCAAAGUAUGUGCCCUGAAUGUGGUGGCAAAGGUCUUAGAAUACCUAUGGCAAAUCAAUGUCAAACAUGUGAUGGUCAAGGACAAGUGAAAGAAAGAAGGACUGUUUCGAUCCCCGUUCCUGCAGGAGCGGAAGAUGGAAUGAAACUUCGUAUGCCGAAACAAGGAGAUAUGCCUCUUGGCAGUGAAGGAACACCAGGAGACUUAUACGUUAGAUUGCAAGUCUCCCCACAUAAAACAUUUAAACGACGAGGACCACAUAUUCAUGUUGAUGCAGUAAUUCCAUUCUAUACAGCUAUGUUGGGAGGAUAUAUCCGAGUACCUACAAUAGAAGGUGAUGUUGAACUUAAAGUUCCUUCAGGUACUCAACCCGAUCAACAAGCUCUUUUGAAAAAGCGUGGUGUGACAAAUGUGGAAAGUCAUUAUCGUGGUGAUCAGAUUAUUACUUUUAAAGUCGAUUUACCAAAGUAA